AUAUGAUCUUAGUUUUACCCAUACAGACCAAAAAUAAUCUGUACGUGUACGUACCGCAUGGAAGAAUUGGGUUGGCCAGCAAAAUGUUUGAUCACUUGCAGCAAGGAUUGAGCUAGGCACGCAGCAAUUGUAACCCAGCUGAUGAGCUGAUUAAGAAGGAAAAACUUAUCAUUCUGUGUGUCUUGGGAAUUAUAUACAAGUCGUGUAGUUGCACCCCAGGCCGUGCCAUGAUCAAUGAGAUGGAGUCAAUUGAUGAUAAAAAAAGAAAGACCGACCAGGUUAGUGAGGAACAAGCAGAAAGCAUAUCGUUAGGGCCUUACCAGAAAUGGUCAUCCUUUGAUUUAAAUGAAGAAGCUAGCGAUACCAGCGACAAUGGUAUUAGUAGUUCCAACGUUAACCUGGCUGGUCACGAACCUAAUACAAUUAGAAAUGAUGACAGAGGAACCCUAGAGCAGGAAAACAUUAGUAGUAAUGCAGCUAAUGAUAUUAGUAUUAUUAGCUCUAGGGCUAAAGCAAGGCCAUAUGUACGAUCCAAACUACCUCGGCUCCGGUGGACACCCCAACUCCAUCUCUCUUUUUUGCAUGCUGUGGAAUUACUAGGAGGGCAAGAGAGAGCAACUCCCAAGUUAAUUCUUCAGCUCAUGAAUGUGAGAGGACUGAGCAUUUCCCACGUAAAGAGUCACUUGCAGAUGUAUCGAAGUAAGAAGCUCGAUGCAGAUGGUCAAGUAGUAUCUGAUACAACUUACGACUACAUGGAUGAAGGGGAUUCAGGGGAUCACAUACCUAACUUCGUUUCGUGGUCAAGUUUUCAGACAAAGAUCGAUGUCGUACAAGGCAACAAUUUGGACAAAGCUUUGCAUCAUACAAGCACUCCCAUAAACCCUAGCAGAUUACGUGAGGAAAAGAGGUGGCCUCCAUUACAAAGCAUUAGCAAAAGCUGGAGAGGCAGAAGAUUUGCUUCCAACCAUUUCAACAGGUCAAAUAAUCAUAAUUGCUCAUCCCGAUCCGAUAUUGUGCAUCAUAUGAUUAGCAACAGACCAGGUACAAGACCAACAGAUCAUGAUCUACAGCGUUGGAACCUUGAAGGUGAAAGCAAAUCCAGUAACUACAAACAAGAAUCCGAACCGCCAUAUAGGCUUGAGUGGAACGAAGGAAAAAGUUUGAAGUACAUGAAAUGGAUGCCUGAUUUGGAGUUGGGUCUGCAAAGCCAAAGAGUUGGUAAGGGGAAGGAGAUCAAUGACGAGGCUCAGCAUAAUCAGACGGUUAGUCAUGCUGAAGAACCUUAUGUAACUGCGCGAGGAGUUAUAGAGACUUUACACCAUUACAAAGAUCAUCGAUUCGAGGACAUGAAUAGCAAACAAGCUAAGAAACUAUUAGCACCAAGCUUUCCCUUUCUCUUUAAUUAUUAGUAGUCACCCGGCCCCAACCCAAGUUGUCGACUAUCCCUCAACAUAUUACAUAGCUGAAAUAAUCAAACAAAAUCAUAAAAGUAUAAAUGUAAUUAAACAACCUAGCUUGAGCUAUUCAACUAAAUAUUGUUAUGAAAGUAUAACUCUUAUGCUAUAUAUCUCUAUUA